UAUGUAGGAAAUCAAGUAGUUCUGUAUAACGCUAUUCGUACGGGCUAAGCUUGGAAAAUUCUAUCGUAAGUAUUUAAAUAGAAUCUUAAAAAUAUAUUAAGUGUUCGAAAAUUGAUUAAAAAUUCGUAUUUAAUUUCUCCAUACUGUUAACUUUGAUUCUCUAAUAAUAGUUUUUCUGAAAUAAUUUUAGUUUAAUAAUUAUUCGAUAUUUAUUGAAGUGAAGCCUCUCCAUAGACAUAAAGGAGGCUACAGACGCCAUACUUUUGUAUUGGGGGAAUCGUAUUUGAAGGUGUUUUUGAAAAUCGAAUUAUAGUAUAUACUGAUUAUAAUGGGCAAGGGAGAUAAUAAACCUCGUGGUCGGAUGUCUGCAUAUGCAUUUUUUGUGCAGACCUGCCGAGAAGAACACAAGAAAAAGCAUCCUGAUGAGAGUGUAGUUUUCUCAGAAUUUUCGAAGAGAUGUGCUGACCGCUGGAAGACCAUGAAUGAUAAAGAAAAAACCAGGUUUCAACAGAUGGCAGAAAAAGAUAAGAAGCGAUAUGAAUCUGAAAUGGCAAACUACAAACCUUCAAAGAAUGAAAAGGGUGGUAAGAAAAGGAAGCGCACAAAGGACCCAAAUGCCCCCAAGCGAUCCUUGUCUGCUUUCUUCUGGUUUUCAAAUGAUGAACGUCCUAAAGUGAAAGAGUCUAUGCCAGAUUCAACAGUUGGAGAUAUUGCUAAGGAGCUUGGUCGACGAUGGAAUGAAGUUUCUCAAGAAACCAGAGCUAAAUAUGAAGCUUUAGCUGCUAAGGAUAAAGCCAGAUACAUGAAAGAAGUAACCGCAUACAAAAACACUGGCGUAAGUGCAGGUGGUGGCGGCGGCGGUGGAAAGAAGGCCAAGAAGGCACCUGCUAAGGGUAAAAAGAAGGCAGAGUCUGAUGAUGAAUCUGGUGAGGAAGAGGAGGAGGAAGAAGAACCAGAAGAAGCUGAAGGAGAAGAUGACGAAGAGGAGGAAGAUGAAGAUGAUGAAUGAUCAAUAUAUACCUCACCCAUCAUUUAGACAGCAAUUCAGAUCUGUCUUAGUAAACUUGUUAAUAGCAUUUUCAAUGUAGGGGUUUAUGGAAUAGGUGUGUUAUUUGUGCAUCAUUGUCUCGGCUCAGAAAAGCAACUACAUGCUUGCUGUUGACAUCAUUCCUUUGGCAUUAAAAUUUAUUGAAAAAAAAAGAAAAAAAAUCUUUAUCAGCUUGAAUGUAGGUUUGCUCUUCUGACAUUCAACGGUCAUCCUCAUUAUUCAUAUUUCUUUUCAUUUUGAUGUACUUAUGUAAUAACUUCAUCUACCAAACUGGCUAAACACAAUUUUCAGGGUUUAUCUCUUCACUAAUUCAUCCACUUUGCCAUCUGCUUACGUGGUUGCAUCUGUACAUAUUUUCCAUUUUAAAUUCUUUUGUUUCGUUUAAAAAAAAGAUGCAGAAACAUUUUUCUAUUGUAUACUUCAAGCUGGUUGAAUAAAUCUACCUCUAUAGUUAAUUCCAAAUUUUUAAUUUAUUAAAAUCCCUUUACUUCUUUAAAUUGGAGAAUUAAAAAAAAUUGUAUUUAUUGUCUGAAUUUUUGAAUUGACUCUGAAAGUUGUUUGAUUGAAUUAGCAAAUCCCUACAUUAUUUUUUCAGACUGUACAUUUUUAAAUAUUGUUUAGUGAAGUACAUCAUUUUAAUGUGUUAACAAUUUGUAUUACAAUAAAACAUGGUUUUGUCA